ACCAAAUAUUGUCAUUUCCCAAUUUUGUACUUGUUUAUUGUUAUUGUAUUGAUAUUGUGGUUAAUUCAGUAAAUAAGCGAUCAUGUCCGGAGUCAUAAAUAGGCCGAUGAGUCAAAUGAGGAAGAUGGAGGCGAAAGAGUCCCUCUUCCGGUCUCGCAAGCGGAUCCUCCGGUACCUGGUCCACAGCUACCUGAGAGCCGAAGGUCUGUUCCACGCGGCUGACGCCAUGGCGGAGGAAGCAAGUCUUACGGCGGAGUACGAAGUUUGUGACAAUAUAGACCUGGACAUCAUCAUGCAGGACUACACAAGUUACUACCUAUCCCGCUUCAACAAGCAGCCUCAGUUCCUCCGCCAGGUGUCGCCGCCGGCGCCCCGCAGGCCUCCGACGAGACAGGCGAGGCUGAGGCCGGAGCCCGAGCCCCUUGGGCCUCUUGAGAUCUCGCUGCCUGAUGUCACGGUCACGCAACUCGGUUUGGCUAAACAGGACUAUCCAAGCAUACCAUCCAUAGAACUGAAAUCCCUGUCAACAUUCCUGGCCCGGGCGUCUCCGGAAAAGAAGCAGCUGGUCGAAGACUUGUACCAGGAUAUCAUCAAGCCGGCGAACGUUAGCUGGGACGAUAUCAAGGGGCUGGGGGAAGCAAAGAGCUUGUUGAUGGAGUCUGUUGUUUAUCCUGUCAGACACCCAGAAGUAUUCACUGGUCUCCUGGAGCCCUGGCGCGGCGUUCUUCUACACGGCCCCCCGGGCACGGGCAAGACUCUGCUGGCGCGCGCCGUGGCCAACGAGAGCCGGUGCACGUUCUUCAACGUGCAGCCGAGCACGGUCGUCACCAAGUGGCGGGGGGACUCUGAACGGAUCGUGAAAGUACUCUUCGAAAUGGCGUCUUAUUACGCUCCCUCUAUAAUCUUCAUCGAUGAGGUGGAGACACUGGCCUCAGAGAGGUCCAUGCCUGGCGAACACGAGGCGUCACGGCGACUGAAGGCUCAGCUCCUGACUGAGCUGGAUGGCGUGAGCGAGAGGGAAGGCAUCGUGUUCCUGCUCGCCAACUCUAACAUGCCCUGGGACAUCGACCCAGCCAUGCUGCGUCGCCUGGAAAAACGUAUCUACAUCCCCCUGCCAGACCACAAGACUCGAGCUGAGCUGUUCUCACUGUUCCUCGGUCCUGAUGCGGCCCCGUAUCUCACCGACCUGGCCAAGAGAACCGAGGGGUAUUCGGGCAGCGAUGUGAAAUUGGUAUGCAAGGAGGCGCUCAUGGCAGGCGUUAGGAUGAUGCUACCCAAUAUGGGGAAAGGAAACAAACAUUCCGUUGGUGGAAACCGUCUCGACCUCGCCGCCAUUUUGACUGCCAUAGACAAGACGAAACCCGUCUCCAGGAACUUGAGCAAGAGGCACGAGGCAUGGCAGAACGAGACAGGCUGCUCGUGAUCGAAAUUAAGUCUUAUUCCGUACACAUAAAGUGCAAAUUUGCUAACCUAUUCAAUUGGAAUAGAGUUGCAUUCUUUUGGUUCGCUAAAUUCUGAAACAAAUAAAAAUCAACUCUAUUCCCUGUACUAUAGGUUCAAACUUCAGUGGCAAAUUUUGGGUUUUUCAUGGAUUAUGUCUAACAUUUAAAUUGUGAAUUAGAGCAAGACGCACGAGGGUUGGCAGAACGAGACAGGCUGCUCGUGAUCGAAAUUAAGUCUUAUUGCGUCCUGAUAAAAUACAAAUUUGCU